GCCGCUGUGGCCGGGAUAAAGGAACACCACUUGAGAACAAACACUACUAGGUGCGGUAGGAGAGAGUGUCUCCAUUGGCAGUGAUGCUCGCCUCCUGGCGGCGUGCUAACAGGGCAGUUAAUUUCUUCUCUCAUUUCUAAUAACAAACUGAUUUGAAAAAUUAUUUCUGUGAAAUAUUCCUUAGAUGGCAUUUUGCAGCUUCCUGUGUGUAACCACCAGUUGCAAUGGGGCCUGGCGAGUGGCCCUUUAAGCCCAUUAAAGAUGGACCGAAAUAAGCAUAAGGGUUACAACUCUAGGUACUUUCUUAUUUAGGAUCAGUUAUGUGAGAAUUUUUUCACUUCUAUGACACUCGUCUUAUUACCCUGUUUGCACACGCAUCCCAACAUCACAAAACUGCAGAGCUUGAAAUGUCGCUUCUAUCUUGCUUUUUUUUUACCUGUCCUUUCUUGAUUUGGUUCUUCACUAUGAUAGAUGUUACUGAUUGAAUAUGAGUACUGACUUUUAAAGCGAAAGCUUUACUGGCCGCGAACUUGCGAUUUUGCCGUGGCCGUGCUCCGAGGAGGCACAUGACGUCACACCGCGUUCCUUGUCAUUGUGUUCGCCUCCGCUCGCUUCACCAGCUGCGUCGCAUGCCUGAUAACAUGUCGGAGGAUUGAAAAGGAGAACUCAUGUGUGCUGCAACCACAGUUGAGGCGGCAGUAUGGACGGCGACCAUUCUGAUAAGCAGGAGGAGGCCUGGAAUCGACAUCGGAACGACAUGAAGAGGAAACGAAUCGCCCAUGAAACAGACGAACAGCAUGCCGAACGACUGGCUAAACGCCGCAACAUAGCUAGACAACCAGACUAACCUGGACUUGCAAUCAAAAUUAACCAAGGGAUCUCUGCCCACCAGCAUCAUGGUUGACAAGUAGGACUUAGACCCACUUCAUCUCUGUCAUCAUGCUGCAAAAUUGGAUCAACUCUACGUUGCAUCAAUGGCGCUAACCGGCGCUGGUUCCUCCUCCUCUUCGUCCCCCUCGCCGGCGUCCAGCUGCGGAGCGGGCGGUCCCUGGUGGCCCAAGGGCCUGCUGCAGGUUGACUCUCGGAGGCUGGCCACCUGCCCACCCGGCUGGCUCCUGUUUAUCGUGCUCGCCGCUGCGCUCCUCCGGAUAGCAGAUGGUUGUUCAUCACGGUCGACGCCCAAGCCACGGCCUCCGCAGUCAACGGUGCGGCCUAACAUUACAUUCCAGACAUACACAUGCCCUGAAACGUAUGCCAAGUGGUAUUGCCUCAAUGGAGCCACCUGCUUCUCCAUCAAGAUUGGAGAGUCCAUCCUCUACAAUUGCGAAUGUGCGGAUGGAUAUAUGGGGCAACGAUGCGAGUUCAAGGACCUCGACGGAACCUAUCUGCCCACAAGGCAACGAGUGCUGAUCGAGACAGCAAGCAUCGCAGGUGGCGUCACAGUGGCAGUCAUACUUGUCUUUAUAGUCUGCGUCACGGUGUACUUGUACUAUCGGCGUAGGAAAGACAAGACAUACUUUGACGUUCCAGAUGAGCCGAAGCUCUUCUUCUGUGACAGGAAGAAGACAACUGGUCCACAGCCACAGCUCGUUCUUAGACAGAGUGACCUCGAGCAGGGCAGGGUAGCGCACCUGUGUGAAGAUGGCCAGCGGUCCAGCAGCUAGGAGUGCAGUGGCAUCCCCUCUUCCAGUUGUGGGCUACUGCUGCCAGUGUCUGUAGUGCAGCACUCACCGCAUUCUGCCAGUCAUCCCUCCACAGAGGGUGUGAUGACGUAUGCUGGACCUUCUCCUGCCUAACGCCUGCUCUCACCCCUUCCUCAUCUUGGAGACAAGGACAUUGUUGCUCUGCUGCGUUUAUUUAAGCUUCAAAAGACGUCUGGACUGUGCUAGCUGCCCCAGCAGCGGAAAAAGGGAAAGCGUGGUGUGUUGUUUGGCAGGGCUUUGUGUGUUCGUGUGUGUGGAACUGCAGGAACUUCCCUUGUGCUUUUUUUGCACACACGCCUGUUUUAAUUAAUUCCCAUUGUUGGGACUGUCACUGCAGUGCAUUCAGCAGCCUCCUUGCCUUCCGCCCUCUCGCCCGCUACCCCACCUGCCUGGCUGCUUGCUACAUCCCGAUGACUGAUGUUGUUGUCGUAAAGUGCUUGUUGUAGGUUUCCAAAGACACUGCUGUUUAUUCUUGUUCCAUCAUGUAUACAUGGCAUUUUGACAACAUUCCCGGGGCGGCCACUGCUGCGGAGGAACGCCAACUUCACUGGAACUGACCGGGCGUGACAUACAUUGUUUUGCGUCUUUCUUUUUUCUGCUUUCCUUUCACCCUCUUCCAUUCACUUGUUUUCUCUCAUGGGUUGUUAUUAACUUAAAGACCUUGUUUGCCAUUCUCCCACUGAUGGACACAAGAAUGCCAUCUGUCCCCAUACUCCACCCCUUGUUUCUUCACCUUGUUUUGUUCUUUUGCUAAAAACUUUGUUGUGUUCUUUGUUUGUCACUUUCUCAUGCUGCAUGGGUUUGGACGCCUUGAAGACAGCAUCGCUGUGAUGCCCGUCUUUUCCAGGACACUUGCUUCUGCCGCCAUUACGUUGAUGAUAGUGUGGCAUCGUGGAUUCCACUUAGCAACCUUUUGGCGGCUGUUGUGUUGAUUGUGUGUGCAUGUGCGUGUGUAGAUAGUGUACAUAACGUGCAACUCUCUUACCGGAAAAAGAAAAGGCAAAAAAAGAGUGCUAUGUUUCCUCGUUGGCUCGUCUUCUGUUGUCUGCCCCUGCCUCUCCCCCCCCCCCCCCUAUUUCUUUAUUUUGCUCUUGUCACCACAGUGAGCCAGCUUUGUUGAGGAUUGAGGUCUCUGGUUCAGAUAAUAUUACAGAAUGGCUGUAUGUACUAGUGCAUUUGUAUUUUAUCUCUCAGUAUAAAUUAUAAGCAGGUAUAAUUUACUUUGCUCCAAUGGAUCUAGUAGGUCCUGCACACCUAACACUGCCCAGUGCACUGAGUCAGAGCACUGCUGAUAAUAUUUGGUUUUAGAUAGCCAAAAAUAUGUCACAAUGCAGUGCAUCUGCAUUAAACACACAAUAUAAUCUAAUGUCACCUCAAGGAAACAAGCAUACUUUAUGUGCACCAUAUUUCCUUACAGUCUUUAACACCUAGUACUUAAAUAUCCUUGUUUUUUUUAAUUUUUUUUCCCUCUUAGUCUGCAAAGUGUUGUGUUGACGCUUCUGCAUUGUGUGCCAGACUAAACUUGUUAUAUUUGUAGCUAGUUCAGAGAGCAGUAAUCGGUAUACAAGUAAUCAGAGGUACGGUGACUUACUCUAGAACAUCUACCGAGCUAGCAGCCAACAUUUUCUCUCAUCAACUUAAGCAAUUCUGACUGCCUGGCUAACCUGCAGGUCAUAUGCGUUCCUGAUGAGUGUACUGGGCAGUAGCUGAGAAAGGUGCGGGUGCUUUUUGGGUGCUCUUGUUAAUCCAGUGAGCUGUAGAUAACAUUUUGGGACACUGUGUGGGCCCUAGAGUCCGUCCUUCAUGUAUCCUGGUGGUCAAGGGGGGAAAAAAUUGUCACAGAAUGUUUGUCAUCACAAAAGUAAAUGCAGCUUAUCUGGUCCUCAAUGAAUUUUGCCAUGUAUUGAAAGUAAAUUUUGGGUGAUAAAAUAUGUACAUUUAUUUUUGCAAGUAUGAUUACACACCAUUAAUUCACUAGACAGCGGGGUCAUUUUUUAAUGAGCUUGUCCAACAUGAACUGCUAUUCUGACAUGGUGAAACUUUCUUGCCCAAAGUUAUCUGUUCAUGGUAGAAUUAAAAACAAAAACUAAUUACCAAUUUGAUUAAAGUGUACAUAUGGCAUGCAUUCUUGAGCAGGUAUUUAUCUUUAUUAUUUUCCAGCAACAAGAUGUACAUUUGCAUCAUUCUCAGCCUUGAUUGAGGAUGUUAAACUGGGGCAUAAUGAAGGGUCUCUCUUAGAAGGUCAUUCUGGUGCUCAGAAACUCGGCUGAAAAAUGGUGACCAGAGCCUCUUCAGUGUUUUACAGGCCUGUUAGAUGGUCGCUUAAGCACUGUGCCCUUCCAUUCUGUCAGUGGCCUCUUGUUUUCUGUUAAGGUGUGAGAAUUGUACAGCCCUAUGAGUAUGACCAAUUGCUAUAUUAUUAUUAUGGUUAUAACUACUUGUGCAUUGCGAGGGCAAAUGCACCAUUAAGAGCGAAUAUCUUGCUGCCUGUUCUUCCAGUUCCUAUUAUCGUUAGGCCCUUUUUUUCUUUUGUAUUCGAGUGGUUCACCACAGCUUGUUGACGAGCCCACGAGGCAAACGUAAAAGUGCUUUCUUCUUUUCCCCCUCUUCCUUUGUUAACAUGUAGAACAUUUUUCAAACCAGACUUCACCCCGUGAUGCAUUUUGGGACUUUCGUUUCUAAUGCUAGAGCUUGAACUUUGGCAAUGCUGCAUUUAUCAGGGGCUUUGAAUCUCGGGUGCUUGCUUGGUCUCUACUUUGUGCAGCCCAGGGACAUGGGAACUGUUGUGUUAGUCUCAUUUGUUUACUUUUCUUUGCAUAUGGUUGUUGCCGGCUGAGAAGCUGUUGUGCAUUUGCAGUUUGUGGAAUGAAAUCUCUAGGAUGUUAGGGGGGAGGGAGGGGGGGGGGGGCAAUUGGACAAUGCUGUAGCAUUUGUUGCAUCAAUUUCUUGUGGCUUAUUUCACAAGGCGCUGCACAUUGGCAUAUUUUAAGUAGUGAAUUUUGUAGCUAUGCAUAUUACAUAGAAAUUAGGUAUCCUGUCUUUGUCAGACAUGGCAUUAAGCAUGAAGUCUGUAGUGUGGUUGCAUACAAGGAAGUUAAGGAAUUGUUUUGCUACAGUGAAAGUGUCCAGUGCCUUGUGCGACACAUUUCACUGUUGCAUUUUCUGUGUUAUGUAGCGGACGUUGUUGUUGGGAUGUUUUCAUAAAGCUUGCAUGAGCAUGUUGUGCACAAAAUGCUUUUGGGGACACAACAGGAUGAAAUUGUUUCAGGGAUGGUUAGGUUUAGUGUCCUUGAGGUGCCCUAUUAUGCUGCACUUAAUGAGUGCAUCACUGGCUUUCAGGAUGUGUUAUUACAAUAGGAAAAUUAUUUCGAACUGCUUGUAAUCAGUCAAGUAUAGUAGCACGCUGCAUUGCAUAGCUGUAGUAUAUCGCAAAGCAGGUAUUGAUGUUUGCGUUCAUAAACUAAUUGUAAAAACUUCUUAGUGCUUGGGAGGAGCUUGACAACUUGUGUAGGUUAAAGCCACAGCUUGUUGUUUCUGUGCCCAAUGGCAGUGAAAAAAGUUUACUUUAAACAAAACAUUCACUGUUAUACCACUGUUGAUCACCUUACAUAAUAGAAUUAGUCCUAUCUAGUUCUUGGUCUGCAGAGCUCUGAUAGAAAAGAAAUUGAAAAACUGAAAACCACACCACCAUCUGCCUCCCUAUUUGAGAGCCCGGAUUGGCAGGCAUAGAAGUACACAUCUCUAUCUAGUCCUCUAUAUUUAUCAGUGGUCUGCUUUGAAAUCGCUUUGUAUGUUUUUAUUAGAUUACUGGAUGGUUGGUGCGGUUCUUGCCUCUCUGUCAAUGCUGCCCCACUUGCAUUAUCUCUUAAAUGUUCACGUGAUUGAUAGUGGCAUGUUGACUAGCGACAUUCAUACCUGGCAAUAUUGCUUCACAGUGCAGUUGCACCAACUUUCAGUUAGCUGACAAGCUGUGACAGCAGAGAAUGUAUCUUGUAACUGGUAAGGUGAAAGUAUUUGAGUUAAGUUUUAGUGUCAGGAAGCACUUGGUAGCAAUAUUGCAGUUGUUUGAAAAUGCUUCAAUCCCUCCCCUUCCUUGCAGUUUUUUGUGUUGUUGCGAUGAUUGCAUGAACACUGCUUUUCUGGACAAAGCUGCAAAGUUGUUGCAUUACCACGGUAUGUGCUGCUGAGAAGUAAGCCCGUAAGACUGAUUGCUAUUCUGGCUCCUUCUAGCUGAUGUGGAUGGAUUGGGAGAUUACACCGACCUGGCUUUGUAUCUGAUCUCUUCAACACAUGCGCCAUAGUUAGCCUUUGUAUUGCUUUGCUCCAAAGUAUGAGCAAUUGAUGUGCCGGAAUUCUAUCCUGGUGGGGAAAAAAUCAAGCUUGAACAGUUCCCAUAUUGUUUUUGCAGAUGCAUUGUUACUUGUUCCCCUAUGGGGUUUCCCUCUUUUUCUUUUGUUUUGCAUGCAGUAUAAUGCAAGCCGGGUAAAGUCUUAUUUGUUGAUGUUUAUAUGCAUCAGGGCAACCUUACUUCGUUGCUUCAGCUUCAUGCUUUGCUCUAUGCCAUGAGCAACUUUCCUGGAUACUUGCAGAUGAGACAAGUAAGAGAUAGUUAUGCAAAUAUGUGUGACAUGCCUGAGGGAUUGGUUUUUCCAUAAAGGGACUGCUGUUGGAACUGCAUAUCACCAGAUAUUGGCAUUUCUUGGUUUACAUUCAUCCUCAGAUUUCUUUCUGGCAUUUGCCACUUUCUGCAUUUGGCACAGCUUUAGCUUACAGGUUUACAAAUUUUCUUUUUUCAUUCGCUAUACAUUGGCAAAAUCUACAACGCCAACAAGAAUACUUUGACAUUCCUUCAAGCCAAUACUGGUCUAUAAAAUACUUCAGUGUAACCAUUUGUGCAGUCCUCAGGAGCGCACACUGUGGUGCUUGAGCCACGCACUCUCUCUUGGUGUCUCGUCCAGGUCUCCCUCUCUGCUGCUUUCUCUGUAAUUUGCCUCGUACUGAGGGUUUUUAGACCAAAGCUGAUAUCGCGUCGUCUAGGUGCAUCGCGUCUUAUUUAUGAGGAAAGAGAAUACAAAACAAAAGUACUUGUGGAAGAGAAAUGUAGAUUUGUUGCGUCGGGUGCCUCGGGGUUCGAGGUCCCAAAGAAAAUAAAAAGUCACUUGUAACAAA